AUGUCUAAAUCAAAUUAAUAUUAGUAAUUUGGAAUAAAUCAAUCAGUUUUUAAUAGUGAGUCACCCAAAAAAAUGACUCCUAUUUUGAGAGUAAGUCCUUCAUCAUCAGAUGGCGAUAUUGAUAUUAGAAAAGACAGCUAUGGCAAUUUAAUUAAACAUGGGGAGAGAAAACAUCGAAUUUAAUUUAGGGAGAAGAACGAAGUUUUUAUAGUUGAAAAUUGGAAAUAAUACAAUACUGAUAUGGCAACUCAAGAAUCUCCUUGUCUUUGCACAAUUUUGUGA